AUGCUCAUUGACGGGGUACUGGGACCUUCAGAGUCAGGAAAAUUCAUCGUGAAACACGGAAGCUUGGUGAAGGUCAACGAAAGCGGAGUAACAAAAGUCGCUGAACAGAUUCUCGAAGCAGCCAAAGACGGAUCUAUCAAAGAAUCAUUGUUCCUUUCCCCAGAACUACACCCGAAAAGCGGCGAUAAGGAAGCAGUUCAGUGGGUUUUCCUCGUCGAUACAAUCAACUUCUCAUUCUGGCCUGACGAGGGAGCACAUUACGAUGUCAGCUGGAAUGGAAAAUCUUACACUGGAUACUUCUCUGCUUGUGCCGCUGUGAACAAGGCUUUGGCUGCCGGGAUCCCGAUUCUAUCAGCCGAAUGGAUGAAAAAUGUCAGCGAAGAAGAAAUCGAUCACAUCUUCAAAUCAGAUUCCGGUCACUCGAUUCCUUUGCUUGGAGAACGAGUCAAAGCUAUCAACGAGUCGGGAAGAGUGCUGCUGGAGAAAUUCGAUGGUGAAUUCUACAACUGCGUAGUGAAAUCCGAGAAAUCUGCUCAAACUUUGCUUAAGUUGAUCGUAAAAAACUUCACCUCAUUCCGUGAUUUUGCCGAGUUUCACAACCAAAAAGUUUCCCUUCUGAAAAGAGCUCAAAUUCUGGUUGCUGAUGUUUAUGGCGCCCUUCAAGGACACGAUGAAGUUGGAGACUUCAAGGAUAUCUCUUCGAUCACGAUGUUCGCUGACUAUCGAGUUCCACAAGCGCUGGCCUAUUUGGGAGCGCUGGAUUAUUCCAAAGAGUUGUUGGAUCAAAUCGGAGAGGGAAAGAGAUUGGAAAACGGAUCAGCAGCAGAAGUCGAGUUGAGAGGAGCUUCCAUUGCCGUUUGUGACGAAAUCGUCGACAAAAUGAACGACUUGCGUGCCAACGAUUCUCGAUUCGCCGGUGUUCGUGAAGUGACCGCAAUGGAAGUCGACGUCUUCGUUUGGGGAUACAGAAGACUUCACGCUGCUGAUGUCGAGAAGAAAAUUCCGUUCCACAGAACCCGAUGCAUCUACAUUGAUUCAUUCUUGUGUUUUAUAAACCAAAUGUUCAAAAAAUUCGACGAAAAGGAAGAUGUGACUGGAGCCACACAGCUCAAGUCCAGCGUUCAGAAAGGAAUCCGCAAGAAGUUGAUCGAAAACUACCCGUACCUGGAACCACAUCUUGAAGAGAUCCUCCCAAAGAAGGAGAAUUUCAAAGUAAUCAAGUGCAAGGAUCAUAUCGAGCUGCUUGCCGAUCAUCUCGGAGUCGUCAGAUUUGUGAAGACACGAAACACUGACUACAUUCCAACGCUGAGAACACUUCACAAGUAUCCAUUCAUCCUCCCACACCAACAGGUUGAUAAAGGAGCAAUCAAAUUCAUCCUCAAUGGAUCAUCAAUCAUGUGCCCUGGUCUGACAUCUCCAGGAGCGAAACUCACUCCACAAGUGCCAAAAGACACCGUCGUUGCUGUGAUGGCUGAAGGAAAAGAUCAUGCUCUGGCUAUUGGGUUGAUGUCAAUGAGUAGUGAAGAGAUUCAAUCGAUCAACAAGGGAAAUGGAAUCGAAAGUCUUCAUUAUUUAAACGACGGACUGUGGCAUCUGGCUGAGAAACCAUUGAACUAA